AUGAUGAUAUGCAUGAAAUUGGGAUUGUUCAUACCACUACGAUCAAGGGGCACCAAGCUACUCUUUGGCAAACGUGCUCCCACUAAUUUGAAACGUGCCACCAUAUUGAGCUCACAAGUAAAGUGCCAUGGGAACCGUCCACUGUGCAACUUGGGAAACUCUCAACGCAACGAAAUGCGCAGUUUAGAUCCUGUGCAACACAACUUGAAACAAUGGCCUGUUGUACAACAAAUCAAUGCAACUGCUGAUAGGUUUCAAGAUGUUCCAGUCCGGCCAUCAUUUGUAUCAACUGAACGGCACUCCAAAGUCACCGCAGAGAAUCUUUCUGAACGCUUGGGACUCAGCAUUGGUCGAGCAAGAGCUACAUUACACGCAACCCUGCAACGUGGAACCAAAUCCGCUAUUAUGCCACUUGCAAGGAGAUAUCGAGCUGAUCGGAUUUUUGAGCGCCCACGAUUGAAGGGAAAAUUUUCUACUGAUACUGCCUACUUCAAACGAACUUUUCUUCAAGGUAACACUGCCAGCCAGGUAUACUUUCACAAAUGUGGGUCUUACAGUUGUCACCACUUGCAGAAAGUUAAUGAUGCAAAAGUUGGACCAACCUUGAACAAGUUUAUUUCCAAAUAUGGUAUACCUGAGCACCUUACAAUGGAUGGUGCAUCUGUCCAGAUUGGACGGAAGACUACAUUUAUGGAUACAAUUUGUCGAUGCAAUAUCGACCAUCACAUUUCCAAACCUUACACCCCAAAAGAAAACCCGGCGGAAGGUGGAAUUCGAGAGUUUAAACGGAGGUAUUAUCGAUUGAUCAUCAAACACGGUAUCCCUGAACGCCUUUGGGACUUUGUCUUGGACUAUGUGGUUGACAGAAUGAAUGUUACUGUCAAUUAUUCAAAGUACUCUGAUGGUCGGGUACCUUUAGAAAUUAUAACAGGAAUCACGCCAGAAAUCACUGAAUAUCUGGAUUUCACGAUAUAUGGUUGGGUGUUCUUUUGCAGCGAUGGCGGCUUGGGAGUCAAUCACAUUGGCCGAUGGCUUGGAGUUUCACACCGUGUGGGACCCAUGAUGACAUAUUGGGUUCUUCCAAAUAGCGGUAUCCCCAUUUCUGUGGAUACUGGUAACCAACGCGGAACAGCAGACUGA